ACGAAUGAUUUUUGAUAUCUCCGUUUAAAAUCCGGAAGUAAUUUUGUAGAUAAAAGUUGUUAUUUUUCUUUUUUUGAUUUCAUAAUGUUUAGUAAAAUUCGACCAUUAUAUAAAUGCUUCACACUGUUGCGAACAGUUAAUGUGGCAAAAAUGAGUCAAGAUUCUUCAAAGCAGUUUAUUAAUGUGAUCGAAGACGAGAAAAAAAAAAGACAGCAAAUGUGGUAAUGCAGAGACAGCCAGUGAAUAGUUUAAACUUGGAAUUACUUCAGCAGUUGACAGCAGCUAUAAAGGAACUGGAAAAAAAGAAUUAUAAAGGCAUUAUCUUGUCUUCGAAUUCACCUACUGUAUUUUCUGCUGGUCUGGAUAUUACUGAAAUGUAUAAACCAAAUAAUGAAAGACUGAGAAAUUUUUGGAUAUCUCUUCAGAAUAUGUGGAAAACAUUAUAUUUAACACCUUUGGUAACAAUUGCAGCUGUAAAUGGUCACUCUCCUGCUGGUGGUUGUAUGUUAACUCUCAGUUGUGACCACAGCAUUAUGGUGAAGACUAGAGCCACUAUUGGUUUAAAUGAAACUAUGCUGGGUAUAGUAGCUCCAAAAUGGUUCCGUUCCAUAUUCAUAAACACUCUUGGAUUCCGUAGAGCUGAGCAUGCUCUUAAGCUAGGAGCAAUGUUUACUGCUGAACAAGCAUUAGCUUUAAAUAUUGUAAAUGAACUAGUAGAUUCUCCUUCAGAUCUGAUGUCUAGAGCCCAUGAUGAAUUAGACAAAUGGCUGAAAGUUCCAGAGGCUGCACGUCAGAUGACUAAAAUUAGUCUGCGGAAACCUCAUGUGGAAGAACUGCUUUCAUAUGAAAAGGAGGAGGUAGAAGAAGUAGUACAUUUUGCUAAUUUGGAAGAAACUCAAAAAGCUUUAGGACAUUAUUUUGAAAGUUUAAAAAGUAAGAAGUAACUGAAAAUGCAGCCAUGUGAUAUGUUGAGGCCAUUAAAACAUUGUAUGAGCUUCUGAAGUUUGGUAUUUUCAGUAAUUUGAAAGAAAAAGAUGCAGCAACAGAUGCUUUAAUUCUGCACUAAUACUUCUAUUUUCUUAUUUCAUGUAUGUUUUUAUAAUAACAAAAAUAUUUAAGGGUAUAAUAAAGCAUUUUUAGGUUAACAUAAA